AGAGAAGAUUCCUGUUGAGGAUGUGAAAGAUGUUCUGAAAGGCAUGGGAAUAGAGAUCACAAAUAAGGAGCUGAAAAAGCUGCUGAAAAUACUGCCGGUUUCUUCUGAUAAAAAAGUGUUUAAGAAAGACUUACUGGACCAUGUGAAAGUGUUCAAAGGAGGAAAGUUUAAUGUCAGUGACAUACGCAAUGUUCUACAAAAUACUGGCUUCAGGCUUGAUCCAAAUGAACUCCAGGACCUGAAGACCCACCUAGCAACUACGGAGGAUAAGGCUCCCUUAGAUGUGUUGAUGGAUGCAGCUAGCACCUUUACAGGAGGAAAAGUUGAAGCCAAAGACUUAAAAAAUGUGCUGAGAAACAUGGGAAUCGAGCUUACAGAAAAAGAGCAGUUGAUGCUGUCAAAAAAUCUUCCAGUCUCUAGAGAUGGAAAAGUAUAUAAGAAAAAGUUACUGGAUAGCAUUAAGCCUCUCCAAGGAAAAAAGGUCAAUAUCAAGAAGCUGAACACCAUUAUGGAUAACAUGGAGCUUGAGCUCGAAAAAGAGGACUACAGGGAUUUGCUGGACCACUUGCCAGUUGAUGAAAAUGAAUUGGUUGAUUUGAACAUGGUGAUGGAUGAAGCAAAAGUUUUCACAGGAGAAAAGGUUGAUGUCAGCAAACUGGACAAUGUGCUGAGGAAAAUGGGGCUGGUCCUCUCUGAUGAGAACAAGGAACUGCUGAAAACUCUGCCAAUUCACUCUGAUGGAAAAAUAUGUAAAAAGAGAUUGCUAAAAGAAGUGAAAGCCCUUGCUGGACCAAUGGUCAAAAUAAAAAAAAUGGAACCCAUUGUGGACGACAUGGACUUACAAAUGACAGAUGAGAUCUAUGAGGAACUACUGUCACAACUCCCAGUCAAUGAUGAGAAAACGGUCGGUCUGCAAGAACUGAUGGGAAUUAUUGAUGACAUCAACAGAAAGAUGAUUGAUAUCCAGGACUUAAACAGCUUUCUCAUAAGUGAGGGGGUUUAUCUCACACCAGAAGAAAUGAAGGAUCUGAUGGACUAUCUGACACCUAAUGAAAGUAAAAAGGUUGAAAUGAAGUCAAUAAUGGAGAUCCUGAGGAAGUUAAAAUCAAAAAGGUUACCUGUGCCUGUGCCGGUGAAACCUUCAACUAGCUCCCAAGACAGAGAUACUCGCCACAUGGCACUUUCUGACAUUAAAGCAAAAUUCAAGCUGAAUCCUCUAGCAAAAGUACCCAGCUCUCAUGCUAAGAGGGAGACUGACAUGCCGCAGUCUGGCCCAUGCCGGCCACAGGGCAGAGAGCGGAAGCUGAGUACUCCACAAAUGCGAGCCUUCCAGAAUGCCUACAAUUUCUUUAACAAGGACAAAACUGGCUGCAUUGAUCUCCAUGGAAUGAUGUGCACGUUAGCAAAGCUGGGGAUGAGUCUGACCAAGCAUGACGUCUAUAACGAGCUGAGAUAUGCUGACAUUGACCGAGAUGGAAAGGUGAAUUUCUCAGACUUUAUCAACGUGCUAACAGAUAAGAGUCGCUUCCUUAAAGCUGUAGUUCCAGAAAAGGAGACCUGUUUCAAUUUACCAGGCAACCCGGGGAUCCUGUUGUUUGAAAUCCUAUCAAAGCUUGUAGAGACUUCAGCCCUGCCCAGAAAGGCCAUAAUGGAAAUAGUAAGCUAUUUCCGAAGGAGACUCCAGGACACCAGCCCAGGAAUACUCUGGAGCCCCUAUGCCAUGGAGUAUGGAAGACGGAGAUUUAGGGUGGAUGUGUGCACUCCACCAAGCUCCAGCACAGCUGCCUUUGCCAAUGCUGCACGAGUGACAAUAAUGAAAGAAAGGGACUUAUUUAGGUUUCUUGAAAAGCUCAAGAAAUGCAACUCUUGUUCAGACAGCCCAUAUUCAAAGAUACCCAUAUUUCCAUUGUUUCCUGACAUGGAUGGAGUGGUGAUGGGGAAGCCUUUCAAAGACCUCCAUAAAUUAGAGAUGCUGAGGAGGAAAGAGCCUCUGAAUUUCUUUGAGAACUACUUUUUCCAUAAAAAAGACUGGAAAACACAGGCAGCAGAUAUAAAGCCCAUCAGGCCUACUUCAGGCUAUCCAGAUGAGAUCCUGGCCAUCGACCAUUUAUUCAAGAGAAAGCAGAAUUGGACAGUAGCAGAUGCAGCUGCUAUCAAACCACAUGUGAAGAAAGCUACAGAUGCCUAUAACUUGGGAGUUGCUCUUGAACACCGAAAAGAAAUGCUGAACCUCUGGCGGAAGAUCCGAGGAGAUCUGAUUGGGAUCGACUCUGGAAAUGAGUCCUUCUAUGAUACCUUUUCCACAUAUACAUGGUCCUGGAAUGUCUGCCAGGAACUGCUUUCCCCAAAGGAUUUAAGAUUAUACGAUGCCUACAUGUACAGAAAUUCCUCUCGCAGCUCCAGAUACUCCUCCUCUUCAGAUACGAGUGAUGGGGAUGCAGAGACAGGAAGAAAAAGAAAAUGGAAAGGCUUCAAAGGCUUUCAACAGUGAAAGCUCUCCAUUUCCUAGACUGCUAUGUCUCAGACUACUUUUCCCCGUAGAUAUCAAGAUUAUGGUUUCUUGCUUUUGUCUAGUACAUUCUUAGUGGUUGAAAAUGUUGACAUCUUUUAAAUUCCAACCGGUAAAAAAAAAAAAAAAAAAAAGUUUAAGUCAUAAAAUGGUUUCCUUUUCUUAAUUCUUACUAACAGGUACUUUGUUGUUAUCUCCGUAGCAACAGCUAAACUCUGCUGCCCCCAACUGGCUCAAAACUGCUGGGACUAUAGGAAAAAAAAAUUAGAAACCGGCAUUUACCUCAACACUGGGCUACUGUGGUGAGAAUCUAUCUUACUAGCAAUAAGCACCUGAGUCUAUGUGACUGUAAGUAGCACUGAGGUUUGGGCAUUUGUGGAAGAGGCUGGAGGCAGCAGAGUGACAGCCUGUCACCAUCCUCCGUGGAGCCUUGGUCAGCUCUGGAUUAUUUUGAUCUACCUUCAUUUCCUUUGGGUAGAGGUAGAGAAAUCAAGAGGGAAGGGGAAAAGAGAGAUAGAAAGACACCUG